AGUCUUCGUGUAGCGGUGCUGUUGGGGCACGAUGAUAAGCGCCCAUUUAUCCCAAUCGGAGUUGCUCCCGAUAUAUCCAAUCAAAUUAGAUGCGCCGAUUUUUUUUGCACCCUUGCCUUAAGAGGUCGGCAACAAGCAAAUUACGGCGGAAAGGCGUGACCUCGCUCUCUUCAGGUCAUUCAAUGUGCUCCUCUUGGAGUCCAUUCCUGUCGUUCUCUUGCAUCCUGGAUACCCACUCCACCCCAGCACUCUGCCUCUUGCUCUUCUUUUCCCCUCUCCCCAGACAAUUAACGUGCACAUAAUAGGUGCCUAGAACAACAGCGCCCAUCGGUUUCAAUGCCCAAGCCGAGCGUAUCCCGCGUGUACGCAGACGUAAACGAAAGAUUUGGCCCUUCAUGGCACGACUAUGAUUCGCUCCAAGUCAAAUGGGGAGAACAGGGUCAAUACGAAGUCAUUCGCAAAGUCGGAAGGGGGAAGCAUUCCGAGGUGACUAAAUCAUCUCUCAAGAAUCCUCUUGGCCCACUCUACCUCCCUUCGACGGGUGCAUACCCACAUCUAACGGAACCCCCUUAUCUUCAGGUUUUCGAAGGUAUACAUGUAGUAACGGAUAAGCCAUGCAUAAUCAAAGUCCUCAAACCAAUCAAGCAAAAGAAGAUUCAACGUGAGAUCAAAAUUCUGCAAAACUUGUCAGGAGGGCCCAAUGUCACCCAACUCCUCGACACCGUUUGGGAAUUCAAUUCAAAGACCCCGAGCUUAAUCAUGGAAUAUGCCCAGAAUACGGACUUUAAAGUCCUCUAUCCAAAGUUUACAGAUUUUGAUGUGAGGUAUUAUGUAUUUGAAUUGUUGAAGGCCCUGGAUUUUUGCCAUUCUAAAGGGAUAAUGCACCGAGAUGUAAAACCGCACAACAUCAUGAUUGACCAUGAGAAACGAGAGCUCCGCCUCAUAGAUUGGGGUCUAGCAGAGUUUUACCACCCUGGGGCGGAGUAUAGCCUCCGCGUCGCCUUACCAUGGUACAAAGGGCCUGAACUUCUCGUCGAUUUCAGAAUGUAUGACUACAGUCUCGACAUGUGGAGUCUAGGAUGCAUAUUUGCGGCCAUGGUUUUCCGCAAAGAGCCAUUCUUCCAUGGACAUGAUAAUUACGACCUACUCUCGAGGAUUUCUAGGGUCUUAGGGACAGACGAUCUAGACGCCUACCUUGAGAAAUACGACAUAGAACUAGAGGCUCAACUCCCCAGAUGUCAACGCAAACCUUGGUCGCGAUUCAUCGUACCUGAGAAUCAACGAUACAUCUCAAGCGAAGCUUUUGACUUGUUGGAUAAACUCCUUCGAUAUGAUCACCAAGAACGUCUCACUGCAAGGGAAGCAAUGGAUCACCCUUAUUUCGUUCCGGUGGAGAAGGCUGCUCAGGUGGCCGCUGCGGAAGCGGCAAACCAGGACUCGGACGAUUGGGAUUCCGCUUGAGCCUGAUGUCGUUGGUAGUUGCACCCGUCCUCUUUAUUGAAUUCUCGUCAGACCGUAUAUACGUAUGCCCCUAGCUUGGCUUGGUAUGGUGCUACAAACCUCAACGUUUCAUUCCCCUGUUGUAAAUAAUACAUAUGCGAUCAGAUGUUGCAGUGCUACUUGGCCUAGUAGCCGGGGUGUGCUCCCCUGACACUAGUGCGGCUUUCAUUCUGGUCCUAAAUUAUGUGUAGAAUCAAGAUAAAAUUACGCAUAGACAGAAACGCUGAUCCCAAAGUGGCGACGCAACUGCGAAUGAACCGCUGCAAGUGGAAACGGUAAUAUCGGUUUU